AUGGGUGUCGAGUCAAGUAAUAAAACGGAAAGGAGGUCAACCACUCCUCAACCGCAGCAAGCACAACAACAACAACAGCAUAAUGUACAAGUAUCAUCGCAAUCACACAUAUCAAUUGGUGAUGUUGCUGACCAUGUGCACGACAAAUUAGUUGAGUCUCCCCUUACGGACCCACAGUCACAGCGCGGGGGAUCCCCACUCUCACUUGACCCACUAAGAACACCCUCUCCAAAACCAUUCCCUUCGCAAUCGGCUCCCAGUCAAGAUGGAACUUUUGCAAAUUUUCAAUUACCCAAUGACAUUUUGAAAAACUUGACCCCAAUAAUCAAAUCUCCCCCUAAGGACAAGACAAAACAACAUAUUCGCAAACAAGCCUACAUGCGUAAUGCUCAGUUAAAGAUAAGCGCUAGAAACAAUCGAGUUGAAAAGCAGGUGAGGAAUUGGAAAAGACAACAACAUGAAUUUAUUCAGUAUCAGAGUGCAAGAUUGACGGAGCUGUUGCAACAAGCGAAAAUACGAAGAGAAGAGUAUUUGAAGAUGGUGCGAGAAAAAGCAGUCAGAUUUGUCAAGAAUGAAGCGAGAAGGCAUAUUGCAGGUGAAUCUGAUCAAGGCUUGUUAUCUCUUCUUCUGCAGACGAGAUCAUCCGAAUCAACAUUUUGCUUUGUUGAGCAAGAUGCAAUUACACAAGCAAGUCUUGUAUACCUUUCAAGAUGGUCCAAAAAGGUGCUUUUCCAAAAACAUGUUGCUUUUCUUCGUAACUCGUCUUUUUUAGACAAACAUGAGUCGAUGCCGCUUAACGAAACCUUGUCAAUCUUCAAUACCGAUUCCAGCAUCAAAUUGAGUAUUGCAUACGUUUUGAAGUACUUGGGGAUAAUUGCAAACCCAUUCGAGUUAAGAAUGUUUCUUUAUUGUUUUAUCAUGGUUGCUGAUUUCAAUGAUUGUAUGAUUAAUGGACCCCAUCCUGGAUUCAACUACAAUUUGGAAAUAAAAACCAAAGAUCAGGAGAAGUCAAACACUACCAAAAAUUGUAUUUGGGUAAUGCUUUAUAAACUUACGACAUGUUUGUUGCAGGAGUUUAAGCGUGUCAUUAACACCACACCACAGAUUCUGCAAAAAUUUCGCAAGUACUGGACUGAUUACAAGUUCAUGUUUAAAAUUUUCAAGUGGAAUCAUUUCAUUGGUAUAAAACAUCUACUUUCCAGCUCUAUUUCAAUUGUCGAGGAGCAACUAUCACGCAUAUCUAAUGACGACCAUUUGUAUCAUCAAAAAACAAAAUUGAAUUCGGAAAUGUCUUUGUUGAACAAGUACAAUUUGGUUGCGUUGAGGGAGUUUAACCAGUCCGCAGAGGUUGCACAGUUUACGAAGCUAAUUUCUAAUACAGUUGAGGAAUUGUACACAAACUUUGAUGCCAAGCCCCCUAGCUUUAUCCAAAAUCAACCCAAUUUCAUUUGUUUUGAUUUAUUGAAGUUCCAUAUACCUGAUUUCAUCCCGAUUAGCAAAUGGAGACUAUAUUGGAUGGAUGUGUUUUUCAAAGAGUUUGAAUCGAAUCGUUUACAUCCAGCCAAGCUUAAAACUGGUUACUUAGGUGAAGUGCAAUCCAAAACUCGCAAUAUCGAUUACAUCAAUUGGGUUGAUACGUUGAUGAACAUGGAUGCCUUUUCUUUGCAGCAAACAUAUGAGAUAUUGUAUGACUAUUACUUGGAGUUUUCUGGUGUUUUUUCCUUAUCUGGUUUGGUUGAAGGUGGUGAUGACCUACAAAAGGUACAAAAUUUAAUCAGGCAUUAUGAUAAAAAGAAUAAAUUGGUGCAAUUCACACGCCUUGAUUUAGACAAUGAUGAAGUUUUGCAACUAAAGUACUCAGUUGUGAUUAUGUGGUUACAAAAGUCUCAAUUCAACAAGUUUGAUGAUUUUAUCAAUUUUGAAAACUUAUACACAAUUAUCAAUUUGAAAAAUUUCAAAAACUUGCGGUAUUCAAUCUAUACUCAGAAUCCGAGUUUACUAUUUCCUGAAUUUUAUAAAUUGGUGAUGAAGUUCUGCACAUUGGAUGUGGAGACACAAUUGCAAAACAUUGUUUAUGCAUCGUUCAAAAAUAAUUUAAACAACUUAUUUCGUGGGAAGACGACGUUUAGCCAAGAGGCAUUUCGGCUCUUUAAUUGCAUCUUCAAUCAAAUGGUUGUUCAAAAGGAAUUUGAUAAUGAAUUGAGUAUCACUUUCAAGGACAAACUUAGUUAUUAUCAUGAAACAUUGAAUUCUCACGUCAAGAUGAAUAGCAUAUCCUUGAUGUUUCAUUCCUUUACGGGGGGUCACCUACCUAGGAAGUGCUUAAAGGAGGCAGUUAAAAAUUUGCAUGUGCUUGCCAAUGGACAGUUUGUUGCUUACUAUGAGAACCACGGCGAGAAAAUUUGCAACAUAUUGUUCACCAAAUGGCAGACAAUCAUGGGCAAAGUAGCAGAAGGAAGUAUCGCCAUGACAGACUUGGACAACCGCUUGCAAUCCGUGUUUCCCGAGUACACCCAAGACAUUCUUCUUUUAUCCUUGGAGAUCACAAAAUCUAACCAAUUUUUUUACAAGUUGUAUAUGCCUAUUUUAAAUUGGAUUUAUGCUGACUUGAAACCAAAUGGAGGUCAAUCAUGA